AUGAUUCGUUUUCUCCAAGUAAAUAUUGGCGUCGGUAGGGCAGCUCAGGACCUGAUGGUCCAUACCGCAAGGGAACAUUGUGCUGACGUUGUAUUGGUUAGUGAACAGUACCGUAAUUUAGGCGAGGAUGUAGGAUGGUACAGCGAUGUGUCAGGAAGAGCUGCGAUUUUUUUAGCCAAGGACAUAGCGAUAGACGAAAUCGGACCAGCUGAUACUGGUUUCCGGUGGAUCAAAAUAAAAGGUAUACGCUUCUACAGCGUAUAUUGCUCACCUAACAUUUCUUUGGACGAAUACAAUGAGUUUCUUAGUACAUUGGAAGACAGCGUGCGUGGAGCAGAUGGACCAGUACUUGUAGGUGGGGACUUCAACGCCAAGCGGCCAGAAUGGGGAUCGCAAAUAUCGGAUAUAAGAGGGGACACUUUGGCAGAUCUAUCGUUUUCUCUAGACCUGCAAGUUUGCAAUGUCGGUGACCACCCAACAUUUACAAGAGGAGGGUCGGAAUCUUUCAUUGACAUAACAUUUGUAUCCCGGUCGCUUUGGAGUAAGGUGAAUAACUGGCGAGUGCUUGAAGAGGAAUCGAUGAGCCUACACUGGUACAUUAUAUUUGAAAUCUCGCUUAAUACCUCUCUUCCAGUCCAACCAACCCCUAAGGGAUGGAACUGGCGGAAACUAGACCGAGAAAGGUUGCUUAUGUUCCUAGAAACAAGAACGGUAUCAGAUUUUGGAGAUACCAACUCUACAGAAGUGCUACCAAAUGCCUUAGAUGCAUACCUUGCGGCUGCGUGUAACCACUCAAUGCCCAAUAAGUCAUACCAUGGCCGAAAAAAUCCUGGGAUUCAAGGAACAUAUCCAAAUGGCACGCAACAAAGCCUUGAGGACAACGGUCGCUCUUUCCCGCUUGAUGCCCAAUGUUAA